UCUGCACCGAGGGCCAAGCAAAUAUUUGUGGUUGUGGAUUAACUCGAGUUCCAGGCUGUCAUGGCGGCAGGAGGGCAACCUUGCAGUUUCUCCGUGGCCCACCCCAGUGGCUGCAGCUUCAGAAUGUGGCAGCUUACAAGCCUCUUACUGUUCGUGACCGUCUGGGAAAUUUCCAGCACAGCAGCUCCUCCCGACUCAGUGUUCUCCAGCAGCCAGCGUGCCCACCAAGUGCUGCGGAUCCGCAAACGUGCCAACUCCUUCCUGGAGGAGCUGCGGCCUGGCAACGUGGAGCGUGAGUGCUCAGAGGAGGUCUGUGAGUUCGAGGAAGCUCGGGAGAUUUUCCAAAACACGGAAGACACAAUGGCCUUCUGGUCCAAGUAUAGCGACGGGGACCAGUGCGAGGACCGGCCCUCAGGGAGCCCGUGCGACCUCCCAUGCUGCGGACGCGGCAAGUGCAUCGAUGGCCUGGGCAGCUUCCGCUGCGACUGCGCGGAGGGCUGGGAGGGCCGCUUCUGCUUGCACGAGGUGCGCUUCUCCAACUGCUCGGCGGAAAACGGCGGCUGCGCCCACUACUGCCUGGAGGAGGAGGGCAGGCGCCACUGCAGCUGCGCGCCCGGCUACCGGCUGGAGGACGACCACCAGCUCUGCGUGUCCAAGGUGACGUUCCCCUGUGGGAGGCUAGGGAAGCGAAUGGAGAAGAAACGCAAGACCUUGAAACGUGACACAAACCAAGUAGACCAAAAAGACCAGUUGGAUCCACGGAUUGUCGAUGGGCAGGAGGCUGGAUGGGGAGAGAGCCCCUGGCAGGCAGUGCUGCUGGACUCCAAGAAGAAGCUGGUCUGUGGGGCGGUGCUGAUCCACGUCUCCUGGGUGCUGACGGUGGCCCACUGCUUGGACAGCCACAAGAAGCUCAUCGUCAGGCUCGGGGAGUAUGACAUGCGGCGCUGGGAGAGCUGGGAGGUGGACCUGGACAUCAAGGAGGUCAUCAUCCACCCUAACUAUACCAAGAGCACCAGUGACAACGACAUCGCCCUGCUCCGCCUGGCCAAGCCUGCCACUCUUUCGCAGACCAUUGUGCCCAUCUGCCUCCCGGACAGUGGCCUCUCUGAGCGCAAGCUCACCCAGGUCGGCCAGGAGACUGUGGUGACAGGCUGGGGCUACCGUGACGAGACCAAGAGAAACCGCACCUCCGUCCUCAGCUUCAUCAAGGUCCCUGUGGUCCCCUACAAUGCAUGUGUCCAUGCCAUGGAAAACAAGAUCUCUGAGAACAUGCUGUGCGCUGGUAUCCUCGGGGACCCGAGGGAUGCCUGCGAGGGUGACAGCGGGGGGCCUAUGGUCACCUUCUUCCGUGGCACCUGGUUCCUGGUGGGCCUGGUGAGCUGGGGCGAGGGCUGUGGGCGCCUCUACAACUACGGCGUUUACACCAAAGUCAGCCGUUACCUUGACUGGAUCUACGGCCACAUCAAAGCUCAGGAGGCCCCUCUUGAGAGCCAGGUGCCUUAGCAUCCCCCGUCACUUGUCUGGACCCCAGAGGACACCCUUGGGUAGGGGCUGGAUUGUUGAACGGCAAGAUGGUGGACAUUAAAAAGGGCUUGCUGCAAGCA